UAAAACUGCAUCACAUUCUGCAGCUUCACUCCAACAAUCGACCGAACAAAGCAGGAGAUUUUGUUGUGAUCUGAAAGACUAUUUCUAUUUUCUUUUAUCUCAUGAUUUGAAUUUUCUCACCAAACAAARAGUCAACAUGGCGAAGUGUUUGGAGAUCCUGGGCAUCGUCUUUGGAGUCAUUGGAUUAAUUGCUGCAAUAGUGACAUGUGUUCUACCGAUUUGGAAGGUGACGGCCUUCAUCGGGGCCAACAUCAUCACUGCUCAGAUCAUCUGGGAGGGUCUGUGGAUGAACUGUAUCACCCAGAGCACAGGGCAGAUGCAGUGCAAGAUUUAUGACUCCAUGCUGGCUCUACCUCAGGACCUGCAGGCUGCCAGAGCCAUGACAGUCAUUUCAAUYGUCCUGGGCAUUCUGGGAGUCCUGAUCUCCAUYGUCGGAGCAAAGUGCAUGAAGUGGGGAGCAGCCAGAGCUAAAGUGAUGAUCAUCUCUGGGAUCUUCUUCAUCCUUGCUGGUAUUUUGGUUCUCAUCCCUGUCUGCUGGGUCGCUCACACCAUCAUUCGGGAUUUUUACAAUCCACUCCUGAUCUACGCUCAGAGAAGGGAGAUAGGAGUAUCCCUCUACAUCGGCUGGGCAUCAGCUGCUCUGUUCCUGAUUGGRGGGGUCUUGCUGUGCAGCCGCUGCCCACCAAAAGAGAAGUACAAACCACUACAGAUGGUCUACACCAAGACAGAUGGAGGUCACAAUAAUAGAGACAAUGUUUAAACAGCACUGAAGUGAUGAAGUAAAGAAGAAAUGUUUUGUUCUUGUAUGAAUGUAUUUUAAGUGUCUCGGUCUGGAACCACAGAUUUAAUUCAACAUGAAUAUUAAUAAAUACUGAUCUUCA